GCGAUCAUGUGUUUGAUAUCUUCACCGGAGUCCAACUGGGUGGCUCAUCGGAGUACAACGGAGCGAUGAUUCGAGUCAGAGACCUGAACACAAACGUACUUUAUGCGACUCCGUUGCAAGACGGUACACUUUAUAAUUUUGCCAUCGCUGUUGAUUGGGAUUCAAACACUUUGACCGUAUAUGCAUCACAAGGGGAUGACGAAGUCGUUCAAGUGUCACGUUCAGCUCCCAACGAUCCUAAAGUCAUCGCAGCUGAAAAUGUUCAGAAAGGAGAAUGGCAUGCACAAUUGAUCAAGUUUCCCAUUCCAAACGAUGAUGAUCCUGUUGAAAAACAAAAAGAUGUUCCACACUAUGGAUUCCAAGAAUCAAAUAUUCACGAAGGAGUAUUUUUUUCUCGAAUGUAUGUAGAAGAAGGUAAUUGAGCGGAAAUCGCAAGUGAAGCUCAUCAUAGAGAUUAUCAUGAUCUCACUAGGAACGCUGUGAACAGAUCAAGACUUGCAAAUUUGUAACUUUCCUUCAUCUUGGGUUUAUUUCGCAUCUAGUAAUUGUGCUUCCUGGUUCUAACAUCCCUUUUAUGACAUGGGAAGAGUCGCGAGAGCCACUUGUAUGGCAUAAGGUUUGACCAUGGCAUAGCUGAAUGACACAAGCAAGAAUUAAAUAAAGAUGCAUAUCGUUCUAUCUUCC